AUGUCGAGCCCUAAGCUUUAUCACACCGCGCUAAAGUCAACGUUCUGCGGCAUUGAACCAGCAUUAUCAACACCAGAUGCUCAAAUACACCAAUAUUUCGGAAUUCAAUACGCCACUGUCCCUGCGCGCUUUCGCCAGUCGAAACUACGUACAUCGUAUCCGCCUAUUACUGACGCCACAGCUCAUGGGCCAAUAUGUCCUCAAGUAAGAGGCGGCAGAACAGCUGAAGAGCUCUUGUUCGGCAUCUCUGCUGAUGAGAUCCCACAACAAAAUCUAAAACACGACGAGUUUGAGUGUCUCAACCUCAACAUAACCUGCCCAGCAGGUUUGACCCCACACUCUCGUAUACCAGUCAUGCUUUGGGUGCAUGGUGGAGGCCAUAGAGGGUCUGGCUCUCAUUGGGUGUACGAUGGCGCACCCAUGGUUCGAAAAAGCGUUGAAAACGGGAAACCAAUCAUGCUCGUGACCUUCAACUUUCGCUUAGGCCUCUUUGGCUUCGCCGCCAGCCCUACCAUCCGGGAUGAUAACAAACGCGCUGGUGACGAAGGCACCGGUAACUAUGGCCUACGUGAUCAGAGGCAAGCCAUGAACUGGCUGCACCGCUACAUCGGCGACUUCGGUGGAGACCCCAAUAACAUCACCCUGUUUGGGACAUCCACCGGUGCCGCCGACAUCAUAUGCCAUCUGCUUUCUAAAGCAAACAAGACGCAACCGCUAUUCCAACGGGCCAUCAUACAAAGCGCUGUCUUUGAACCAAUCUUACCAGAUAUUCCAAGCGCGGGAUGGCAUCUCUCCAGAGUCAUGUCGACCCUCCACGUUUCCCAAAUAGACAGCUUGCGAGCCAUCGAGGCUGACAAGCUUGUUGGUCUUGGGCACACUUUGCGAGCCAUCGAUGAUGGCUUCUUCUUCCGAGAUGACUGGAAAAAUCAUUUCGAAAUUCACCAUCACCAUCAUCACGCGCACAAGGCCAGUACCCUUUUGCCUCCAAGCACUCGAAGCAGAAGUCGCUCUAUCAUCCAAAGCCUUCGAUCGCCCUCUCGAACCCGAAGCCCGCGGCUUCAACUCCCCAGCACCCUACAGCCCCUAAUCAUCGGGGACAGCGUUUCCGACUCCCUCUUGUGGUCGCGUCCCAUAUCCAUGUGGACGCCCAACGCCGUCGUAAGGCGCGUAAAAGCAAUCUGCCAAUCUCUCAGCAAAGCGAGCAACCUCCUUCGCGCCUAUGACAUCUCGUCGUACACCCCUGACGACGAGAUCGUAGACCGCGUUUUGGAUCUGGUCAACGACGCACGCGUUGCGUGGCCCACGGAAUGCUUCAAUGAAAACGCCAAGCGUGAGCGAGGCGGGCACGGCGUCUGGCGAUACGUCUUUGACCAGGAAGGUCCAUCGCGUGGGCUUCCACACCACGCUGCGGAUCUCAUAUACCUGUUCGACACCGUCCCUCUGCCGGCCUCUGCACGCCCGUCCUCCACUGAACCAGAGGUGUUCUACGACGGUCCGUUCGACUGCUCGGACGACGAAGAUGCGGAGAUUGUUAAAUGCGAUAAUGGUGCACGCUACAUUGAAGAAUCUCAAUGGGAAACAGCCGUAGUCGAUGAAUAUUCAUACGCUCGCGUCCGGGACGCGAUUAAUGAGCGCUGGGUGGCUUUCGCUUACGGCGAAGCACCAUGGAGAGAAGACAAAGUCUUCGUCUUUGGCCCGGAGGGUGAGGCUGGGGAGCGAUCGUCAGGGAUUUUUGAGGGCCGUCGACGAAAACAAAUGUGGAAGGAGGCUUUCGACCCUCUUGGGCCACAACUCGUCCAAAAAGUGGGCGUGGAGCUCAGCAGGGGUCCAUCGCUUGGUGCGGAUAGAGCUUAG